CGUGACGUGAGGGGCGGGGCGGGGCUGGUAGGUGGGUGAAGCCGGAAGAGGAAACCCAGUGAAUUUCCCACCAGGCGAGAUGAGUGGUUUAGGGAAGCUGUUUGGGAAAGGAAAGAAGGCCAAGGCUCCCACCCCGCAGGAGGCCAUCCAGAAGCUGCAUGAGACGGAAACCAUCCUGGUCAAGAAGCAGGAAUUCUUGGAAGAGAAGAUCCAGCAGGAGCUGCAGUCGGCUAAGAAACAUGGCACGAAAAACAAAAGAGCUGCUCUACAAGCCCUCAAGAGGAAGAAACGCUACGAGCAACAGCUGGCUCAAAUCGACGGGACCCUCUCCACCAUCGAAUUCCAACGCGAGGCCCUCGAAAACGCCACCACCAACACCGAAGUUCUCAAGACCAUGUCGGACGCGGCUCGGGCCAUGAAAGAGGCGCAUCAGCAUAUGGACAUCGACAAAGUGGACGACUUAAUGGCCGAAAUCACCGAACAGCAGGACAUCGCCCAACAGAUCUCGGAUGCCAUAUCUAAGCCGGUCGGCUUCGGGGAUGAUGUGGAUGAGGACGAGCUGCUGGCUGAAUUGGAAGAGAUGGAACAGGAAGAUCUGGAUAAGGAGCUUCUGAAUGUUGGGGAGGCCAGUCCGGAGCUGCCCAAUAUCCCCUCUUCUCGCCUCCCCAGUGUGCCAGCUUCCAAAGUGCCAUCGGCCUCCCUGGACGAGGAAGACGAGGAGAUGAAACAGCUUGCCGCCUGGGUGUCGUGAUGCAUUGUGGGAAAUUCCCUCCCUUCCUCGCCUCCCUUGGUUUUUUUCUUUGGAGAAGUAGGCAGUGAGAGAUGGAGAAGAUCCAGUUUUUCUCCCCUCCGGGUUCCAUGGCCAGGAACGUUACGGGGGAGGGGCGGGGGUGGGGAGGUCGAAAAAAAAAAAGAGGGGAGGGCCGGAAGUCAGUCACAAACCACACACACACACCCUGCCUAAAAUGACCUUACGUGCCGAAUGUAAAGAGUUUUAUAGACAGAUUUAUAUAAAUAUAAAUAUAUAUAUAUCUAUAUCUACAAUAUAGGACGGGAGCCUGUUUGUGGGGGGGGAAGAGGUAGGGGUCGGGGCUUAAAAGACCUCUCUCCCCGCCCCCCCCCCGCCCCGGCCCCCCCCCAAGAUAAAGACUGAAUCUUGAAAUCAUCUAGAGAUUAACUUACUUUCUUUUUAUCUUUCCGUUUUCCAAAAACAAACAAAACAGGAUUGUGGCCCACAUUGCGGGGGGGGGGGGGGGGCAGGAGGGACGGUGUGACACACACACAUACAUGCAAACCCACCCAGGAAAUGAAGCUGGGGGGGCUCCGUUCUUGUUCUUCGCUCGUCUGGCUAUCUGUCCGAAUUUGGGGUGUUCGUUCCCGUCACCGUUGCUCGCUCUCUCUUUCCCCCAUCCCCUUUUGGGACGGAAGGGAGGAGGGUAUCAGCCUCGUCUGUUGCCAAACACGCCAACACAAAAAAACACACCGUUGUGCAAAGGAUGUCGUCUAGGAUUCUCCUCCCGCAAAGUGUUGCAAAGGAUUUUGGGGGUGGUCG